UCCAUAUUUCUCUGAAUAUUGUAAACACUAUAAAUAUUUUAGUAUAAAUUCAAAUCUUUGGUAGAACUCAUUUUCAAGAUGAAUGAUAUUUGGUUUUACUAUCUUCUACUGCUAGUAAUUGUAGGUUUGAGUGCUGAAGAGUUAUCUGAUAAUCCAAAAAUAAAAACUUCAUUAGGCGGAAUCAGAGGGUUUUAUGAUUUUUCAUCAAAUGGAAGAAAAUACGAAGCAUAUGAAGGAAUUCCUUUUGCUCAACCACCAAUCGGGGACCUUCGAUUCAGACCACCUCAGAAAAUUAAACCAUGGCUUGGAGAUAUAGUUGCAACUAAAACGGGAUCUCCAUGCAUGCAAUUCAUUCAUCAUCCUCUUGAUGCAAAAGAAAAAAUUAUUGGAUCAGAAGACUGUUUAUACUUGAAUAUUUAUAAACCUGUUCUCGAAACUACAAAACUCUUACCAGUUAUCAUGUGGAUUCAUGGUGGAGGUUUCCAGUGGAAUAUGGAUUUUAAAAACGGCAAAUAUGCAGGUCCAGACUUUCUUAUGGAUCGCGAUGUCAUCUUUGUUACCUUCAAUUAUCGUCUUGGACCUCUAGGAUUCAUGAGUACAGGGGAUGACCUUAUCUCAGGUAAUAUGGGUCUGAAAGAUCAAAGUAUGGCAAUCUCUUGGGUGAAAGAAAAUAUUAAAGAUUUUGGUGGCAAUCCCGAUUUAAUUACUCUCUUCGGAUUGAGUGCUGGUGGAGUCAGUGUUCAUUAUCAUUAUCUUAGUUCUCUUAGUAAAGGUCUCUUCAGACAGGGAUUGUCUUUUAGUGGCACUGCUUUGAGUCCCUGGGCAAUUACUGAAGCUGCACCAGAAAAAACAAAAAAAAUUGCAACAAUUGUGGGUUGUCCAUCUUCAAAUAAUGAUGAAAUGAUAAUGUGUCUGAAGAGUCGUCCAGCUCGACACAUUGCAAAAGCAGCCAUGGAUUUUAUGCCUUGGUUUUUUAAUCCAAUGACACCAUUUGGUCCGGUCAUUGAAAAAGAAACCGCUGAAUCACCGUUUAUUACUGAAGCACCAGAAAAAAUUAUCAGCACAGGAGGUGUUUAUGAUGCACCUUGGAUUACUGGUGUUGUACCUGAAGAAGGGCUCUACCCUGGUGCUGAUUUCUGUGGUGAUGAUAUAUUAUUGAAAGAACUUGAUGCUCGCUGGGAUUCUUUGGUACCUCACAUUCUGGAUUAUAAUUACACUAUUCCUCUUGAUAAACAAAUUGAAGUAAACAAAAAGAUCAGAAAGUAUUACAUUGGCGACAGUCCAGUAGAUAAAACGACAGCAUGGUCGAUUAUCCACAUGAUUGGUGAUCGUUUUUACACAGCAGGCAGUGUCAAAGCUGUCAAAUUGAUGGCUAAGUCUAUAAAUAAGCCAGUUUUCUACUAUUAUUUUACAUACAAAGGAGCUGAAAGUUUAGGACCUAUUAUGAUGCGCAAGAAUAUGAAUUUUGGAAUUUCACAUGGUGAUGAUGCUGCUUACGUUAUUAAGUUUGCGUCUAUAAAUCCAACAACGACGUCUAAUGAUCGAAUGAUGCAAAGAGAAUUAUUAGAUCUUUGGGUGUCUUACGUUACUAAUGGAGUUCCUGAUGCUGGAAUAAAUUGGAAAUCGAUAGAUCCAUCUGAAGAAAAAUUAACUUUUCUACACAUUAGGGGUCCUGGUCAGCGACAAUUAGAUUCUGAUGAUAACUUUGGAAAUAUCAAAUUUUGGUCAAGCAUUGAAUUUGAUGAAUAAAUAUUCAUAUCAUGUAAAGUAAAUGUUAAAUUGAUAGUUAUUUAUCAUAUAAAUUAAUAUUAAAAAUUUUGAAGUAAUGAAAUCAAUAAAUAAAAAUAUAAC